CCGCACCCUCUCCAUUCCGUUCAGGGAGAAGGGUAAACAAGUGUGCUGUUCGUUUAAAGCUCCCGUUGUUCUGUUUAGUCGAGCACUGAUCCGCUGUUAAAUAGGUCGAUUCGAGGAGGAACAAUUAUUACACACGGAUUUCCAGCAACAUGUCAACCUGGCGAUGUGACGGCUUUUGUUUGGCCCCAACAUAAUUCACCGUCCUAUAUGCAUCGCAAUGGCAGGAAGAGGGAACAUUCAUCAGGAUUAAACCUGAUAGUAUUGGGAGGAUUACUAUUCGUUUAUAUUUCCAUGCCAAAAAUUUACGAAAUGGAAUGAUGUUCCUUGACUGGCCCCGCAUAAUGACGACUGCAGACAGUAUAGGCUAAAAGUGUGGGAAUGGGUUUGAUUUUAUAACUCGGUAGUUUUAAAGAAAAUAAUGCCACUGCUGUUUCGUUGUAGUUAUAAAAUUAGAAACGGAUUCACUGGCCUAAAGAGAUAACACCUUUAUGCCAAGGCCUAUUUGCAACCCCCCAAAUCUGAAUAGGAUUACUUGCGACGUACUCAACGCGCCACGUGGUUGUGGUUGGGGGUCUUCAUUUCAUAUGCUAAAUUUUAAGAACCUCCGAUUUUAAAUAGUGACGUAUAGAAAUCCCAGAUUCGUUUACAAGUCGUAACCUGAGCGGACAGUUUCCAGAAGACAGUUGGUUGACACUAUGGCUAUAUCUACCGUUAGUUGCCAGAUCAAGCAGGUUCACGCACGGCCUGUUUUCACAAUAGACAGAAUCCUUGGGUUGGACUUGGACAGGCAAGAACUACUCAAUAUGUCCCUGAAGCUGUAUCGACCAUGGACAGAGUUGGAAACAACCGAACAGAGAAGUCACAUUACAGUGAAAGGACCAUCGGAGUCUUCGUCAGAGAUUAAGAUGAAAGAGGAGGAACAGAAGCUCAACUGUAAACACUUUACAGAGUCCUACCGGAGAACAUUGAAUUUGUACAUCGGGCGCAGGCCGCGGACGGAAUUCAGUAGUGUACAGAUUGAGGUCCUGGAGAGUGUGUUCCUCAUCAACUCCUACCCGGGUAUUGACAUCAGAGAAGAAUUGGCACAGAGACUGCAACUGGAUGAGGACAGAAUACAGAUCUGGUUCCAGAACCGAAGGGCCAAGCUGAAACGUUCUCACAGAGAGUCACAGUUCCUCAUGGUGAAAAAAGCCUUCGCAGAUCUUAAGGACAAAGAAGAGGAAUAAUGCUAAACAAGGACACAAAAAGAUUUACAGUACUUUUAUUCUAGGGAUCUCUCUCUCUCUCUGGUAUAUUUAUAAUAUAUUAUAUUGUGUAAAUGUCUAGGGUAUGUACACAUUUUAAUAAACAGAUCAGAUCAUUGACAAACAAAAAUA